GCUGCCGGCCGGGGAGGCUGGCCGGGAGCGCUCGGCCUCUGCGGGGAGCAGCGAGCCGCCCGUGGGCGGUGCGGAGGAGGCGGGAGCAGGCCGGCGGCCCCUGCCCGGAGCCUGUGCGCCGGGCGCGGACACGCGUGGAGCGGGCGCCGCCGCCUCCGGCCGCAGCCACCGACCCGGCCCGCCCGCACGCGGCGGCCACUGCAGGCGCGGCCGCUCCGCCAUCCGUCCUCGCCCAGAGCCGGCCCGGCGCCCCGCGGGCACGGCCGUCGAGAUGAGUGAGUCAAAUGAUGACAUAGACCAAAUGUUCAGCACUUUGCUGGGAGAGAUGGAUCUUCUAACCCAGAGUUUGGGCGUGGACACUCUUCCUCCUCCUGACCCUAAGCCUCCGGGGGCUGAAUUUAACUACAGUGUGGGUUUUAAGGAUUUAAAUGAGUCCUUAAAUGCGCUAGAAGACCAGGAUUUAGAUGCCCUCAUGGCAGAUCUGGUUGCAGACAUAAGUGAAGCAGAGCAGCGGACAAUCCAGGCACAGAAAGAGUUUUCUCAAAAUCAAAAUCAUUCAGCGUCACUGGAGGACUCAAAUUGCAGAGGUGCUGCCUCUGUAGGUUUUGGAGCAGAUGUCACUGCUGUUAGCAUCAGCCAGUAUGAGGAUGAGUUACCACCUCCACCAGCCGACCCCCUGUUAGACCUUCCACCACCUCCACCACCUCCCAAACCCCUCUCUAAGGAAGAAGAAGAGGCCCAAGCCAAGGCUGAUAAGAUUAAGCUGGCAUUGGAGAAACUGAAGGAGGCCAAGGUUAAGAAGCUCGUGGUCAAGGUGCACAUGAAUGAUAACAGCACCAAGUCACUGAUGGUGGAUGAACGGCAGUUGGCCCGAGAUGUUCUAGACAAUCUUUUUGAAAAAACUCAUUGUGACUGCAAUGUGGACUGGUGUCUUUAUGAAAUAUACCCAGAACUACAGAUUGAGAGGUUUUUUGAAGACCAUGAAAAUGUUGUUGAAGUCUUAUCUGACUGGACAAGAGACACAGAAAAUAAAGUACUCUUUUUGGAGAAAGAGGAAAAAUAUGCUGUAUUUAAAAACCCCCAGAAUUUCUACUUAGAUAACAAAGGAAUGAAAGAAGGCAAGAAAACCACUGAGAAAAUGAAUGCUAAAACGAAGGAAUCCUUACUUGAGGAAAGUUUCUGUGGAACAUCUAUCAUUGUACCAGAGCUCGAAGGAGCUCUUUAUCUGAAAGAAGAUGGAAAGAAAACUUGGAAAAGACGUUAUUUUCUUUUACGAGCUUCUGGAAUUUAUUAUGUCCCCAAAGGAAAGACAAAGACAUCCCGAGAUCUGGCUUGUUUCAUACAGUUUGAAAAUGUCAACAUUUACUAUGGGGUUCAGUGCAAAAUGAAAUACAAAGCGCCCACUGACCACUGCUUCGUUUUAAAGCACCCCCAAAUUCAGAAGGAGUCUCAGUACAUCAAGUACCUCUGCUGUGACGAUGCCAGAACUCUCAACCAGUGGGUCAUGGGGAUAAGGAUCGCCAAGUAUGGAAAGACACUCUAUGAUAACUAUCAGCGGGCUGUGGCAAGGGCUGGACUUGCCUCUCGGUGGACAAACCUGGGUACCGUCAACACAGCUACACCAGCUCAGCCUUCCACAGGACUGAAGGCCAGCAACACCCAGUCCAAUGGUCAGAUUCCCCAGGCUGUACCUCGCGUCAGCACUGUUCUCCAGGAGGCCCAGAGACAGGCUGAAACCAGCAAGGAGAAGCCCGCCCACGGCCCGCCCGACCCGGGAGCGCCCCGGACGCAGCCGCUGCCCAAAGCCAGCCCGCCGCCACCGCCCGCGCGCCGGAGCUCCGAGCCCCGCGGCCCCGCCACACCCGUGCCGCCGCCCCCGCCGCCCAAGGCCGCGCCCUCCCCCGGAGACCUCCUGCCGCCACCCCCACUUGAAGAUCUCCCGCCGCCGCCGCCGCCGCCGCCCCCCGAGGACGAGGUGGAGGAGGACGAGGCGCUCCCGCCACCGCCCCCCGAAUUCGCUGACCCGCCCCCGGACUUCGUGCCACCACCGCCGCUGCCGCCCUUCGCCGCGCCCAGGGCGCCCCCUGCAGCCGCCAAGAGGUCUCCGGCGCCCGCCAGGAGGUCAGAGUGCCCGGGUCCGGCGGCUGCCGAGCAGGACUUCAUGUCUGACCUCAUGAAGGCCCUGCAGAAGAAGAGGGGCCACCUGUCCUAGGCCGCGGCCUGGUUGGCACCUCCGGACGCCCUGCCCAGCCUAGGCCACGCGUUGCAAGUGUCCAGGGUGGAAUGGUGCAUUGUAGCCAGCAAACUCGGGAGUGGAAACUGUUUAAAUGUACAUACCUUACUCUUGUACUGUCGCCCCCCAAGUUAACUAAAAUGAUGUUUCUGCUCUAUUUUAUUAUGUUUAUAAGCAUCAAAUUAAUAAACAUUGAAAAUUUUCUGAA